CAGCUCGCGUGUGCGGAUGACGGCGGUAAAUAAAGCCGCACACACAUUAUAAACAACAAAAUAUACAAAUAACAACAAGAAAGGUCGCGUUUUGGCGGGUUUUCGCGCCGUUUUCUAUCAGAUGUGGACUCUUACUGUGGAGUACGGGUUAAUUCCUAAGGAAAAAAAGAAAGUUUGGCCGUUUUUUUCCUCGAUCUGCUCGUUUUUUAUGGGAUCUGUCCACUUCGGCUGUUGUUUAAAGAUUUAAACAAAAGUUGAUCCGGUAAAAUUACUUUUCUCACUAAAACUCAGUGUUUAAAUGAACCGCGGGGGAUGUGGAGACUGUGUUCAGUGUGUUUGUGGAUCAGCCGGAUAAGUUUUAUUUGUGCAAGUGUCGCUGCCGUGUCUGUAUGAGGGGCUCUUUGUUCUGCUGGCCUCACGUCGCUGUGUUGAUGUCGGGUUGUGUUUACGACUGACCACCUGAACACAUCUCUACCUUUCCCGUCCCAGAGAGGCCUGAAGCUGUGGACCUGAAGAGAUUUCUCCCCCUGAGGCUGUGAUGCUCGACACACACCCGCUGGAGCAUUUAUGAGUCUGCUUUCAGAGAACAGGGUUGUCAUGGCACAGUGGUGUGGCUCCUGACUCCGAGAGCACAUGUGCGUUGGGAAGAGAUGGACCGCUGUAAGCAUGUGGUUCGUCUCCGUCUGGGCCACGACCACUCCACCCUGAACCCUCAGAAAUGGCGCUGCGUGGACUGCGACACCACCGAGUCCGUGUGGGCCUGCCUCAAGUGCUCCCACGUGGCCUGUGGACGCUACAUAGAGGAGCACUCCCUCCGACACUACCAGGAGACCCAGCACCCGCUGGCCAUGGAAGUGCGGGAGCUGGACGUCUUCUGCUUCGCCUGCGGCGAUUACGUGCUGAACGAUAACGCAGAGGGCGACCUGAAGCUCCUGCGGGGGGCGCUGUCCACCGUCCGAAGUCCGGGACAGCGCUCCCUGCGUUCCUCGUCGUCUGGAGGAGAGUGUUCUUCUUUGUCGUCUUCUUUUUCUUCUUCUCUUCGGGCUGGAAGUGAAGGGUUCGGAUCCCGGACGGCCACGCAGGCAGCUCUGUGGCACCGGCGACGGACGAUGCUGGCCGUCGCUUUUCGGCGGUGGAGGAACCGGCAGCUGGAGGAGCAGAGGAAGCGCGAUGAAAAGGUGGAACAAGAGCGAGAGGAGCUGAGGAAGCAGCGCAGGGAGGUGAAGAAGAGGCUCAUGGAGGAGCAGGCCAACGUACCGCCAAGGAAAAGUGCCCGAUUGCUAACCCAAGCGCCGCGUCCUACCCUGGCCCUCAUCCCACGCAAGUUCCGCGAUCCGCCCGAGAGACCACCGCCCCCGCCUCUGAAACAGCAGCCCCUCCAGCCCCUGUCCAACAAACCACUCUCCAACAAACCCAGCAGACCGCUCCGCAACCACAGCAACACGGGAAAACCUCGCAGGUGCUACGUCUCCUCGUCUCAGGUGCGGCGUAGGCGGUUGGCGCCAGGUGUCACGGGGCUGCGUAACUUGGGCAACACUUGCUACAUGAACUCCAUCCUGCAGGUGCUCAGCCACCUGCAGAAGUUCAGGGAGUGCUUCCUCACGCUGGACCUGUGUGAGACUGAGGAGCUGCUGGCUAAGAGCAACCACCCCCAGGGUGUACGUGGCGUUUCGGCAGGCAUGAUAGGCAACGCCGGUGCCCUCAGCGCCCUCGGGAAGCAAAACAACGGGCCGGUGGAACUGGUGCAGCCCAAAGAGCCACGGUGCUCCUCCCGCCAGCAGAUGUCGCUGUGCCACGAGCUGCACACGCUGUUCAGGGUGAUGUGGUCAGGCCGCUGGACGCUGGUAUCGCCCUUUGCCAUGCUGCACUCCGUCUGGAACCUGAUCCCGGCCUUCCGCGGCUACAACCAGCAGGACGCCCAGGAGUUCCUUUGCGAGCUGCUGGAUAAAGUCCAACAGGAGCUGGAGUCGGACGGCAGCCGCAAACGCCGCAUCGUCAUCCCUAUUACGCAGAGGAAGCUGUCCAAACAGGUGCUCAAGGUGCUCAACACCAUCUUCCACGGGCAGCUGCUGAGCCAGGUCACGUGUCUGUCCUGUAAGCACAAGUCGAACACAGUGGAGCCGUUUUGGGAUCUGUCUCUGGAGUUUCCGGAGCGCUAUCACAGCCUGGAGAAGGCGAGCGCCUGCCAGCGGAGCUGCACUCUCACCGAGAUGCUCGCUAAGUUCACUGAGACCGAGGCACUGGAGGGCUGCAUCUACGCCUGCAACUUCUGCAACAGAAGGAGGCGUAAGUCGUCCCACAAGCCGCUGGCGCUGUCCGAGGCGUGCAAACAGCUGCUGAUCUACCGUUUACCUCAGGUGCUGCGGCUUCACCUUAAACGCUUCCGCUGGUCGGGCCGGAACCACAGGGAGAAGAUCGGAGUCCACGUGGCGUUUGAUCAGGUUCUGAACAUGGAGCCAUACUGCUGUUCAGACUCGCGCUCGGCACUGCAGCGGCAGGCUUACACCUACGACCUCUCCGCUGUGGUGAUGCAUCAUGGGAAAGGCUUCGGCUCAGGACACUAUACCGCCUACUGCUACAACACGGAGGGAGGUUUCUGGGUCCACUGUAACGACUCGGAGAUGAACGUGUGUAGCGUGGAGGAGGUUUGCAGUACUCAGGCUUACAUCCUGUUCUACACACAGCGAUCAUCAUAAGAGACUGCCCGACACGCACACGCGUGUGUUCAGGCCCCGGCCUGACCGGCCCGCACAGUCGCGCGUUUAGGUCAGGUGCGGCUGCCCGGACACAGGCAAGCUUAGGCUGGACCUAACAGCCCAAACAAUGCGCGUGUUUAGAACAGGCCUGACUGCGAGGUGCUCCGGCUGGGCUCGAGUACAGCCUGACUGCCUAACGUCCGCUUAGGACGGCUCUGAUUACCCAACACAGGUGUGUUUAGGUCAGGUGUAUUUCUCUACUGAGGUAUUUUUAAUCAAGCCUAAUGGAACAUUUAGGCUGGGCUUAUCACUCAGAUCCACAGCUGUAGGGCUGUCAUGAUCGAUUAUAUUAGUAAUCAAUUAUUUUGACUUUUCC